UCAUGUUGAAGUGUAUGUUGUAUUCAACACACAUUAUUGCAAAUGCUGUGAGUACUUAAUAAGCUUUUGCAUAUACAUUCCACAAAAUUAGAUAUCUUAGUUGAAGUUUGCUUUUAAUGGUUGUGGUGGUGAUUAUUCACAAUUCCAAUGAAAUUUGCUUCAUAUUCCCAUAUAUUUUAAUUAUUAUUAUGGUGCAAACCAUCAUUGUAUUGCAAAACAAUUGUAGGCCUGCUCUUUUUAUCAUGUGUUUGUUAAAUGGUGUGGUAAUGUAUUCUUCAAUAGCAAAGUUUAUUGUUUAUUUUGUGUGAUGUGAUUAUAUGUAUAUAUAUGUAUAUAUAUAUAUAUAUAUAACAGGCCUUCAAAGGGCUAAAAAACGGAACUUGGGACUGGCUUACUCGGAACUCAAGAAUUCCUCCAUGCUAAGUGCAGUAUAUUAAUGAUUUUGGUUUGUAAAACAGAAGAGCUUUAUCUCAAAUUUCAACAAACUUUACACAAAUGAAUUUUUUAAUUAUCUAUUUUGUGAGAAAAUUAAAUGGGAUACCACCAAGGAAAUAUAUAUAGAAAUAUUUUUUUUUAUUUUAAAAUCUUCUUAACCAAUUAAAUAUCUUUCAAUGAUUUUCAUUAAGUUUAUACUUUUUUUAUGAGAAGUCAUGUAACACUUGACAAAAAUAUCUUUUGAGAAGGCAGCAAAACGUUUUUCAUAGAAAAUUCUAUUGAAAGAUUGCAUACAUUCUCUAAGCGGAUUCUACCAAAAUAGAAAAAAUAUAUAUUUAUCUUUUUUUUGGUGAAGAAUUGACAGACAAUUUACUAAUAUAUAUAUAUAUAUAUCAAUUAAUGGUUGAGAUUGAAGCCACGAAUCUACCCAAUGUUGAAGAAUAAUCGAUACAAUGCAGCAACACCACACAUAAAUUGAAUAACAAAUAAUGAUGACCAUAAUCAAAGAAACAGAUGAUAAUAUACAUGUUGAAUCAACAUCAAAUGAAUUUUUACUCACAAAAAAUAAUAAUAAAAAUAAUGAAAGGAGUGAUGAAACUAAAAGAAAUACAAAUGGUUUAAAAUCUGAUGAAGAUGAAGGAGAGUUGUGUCGAAUUUGUAGAACUUCUGCUGAAGUUGAAUCACCGCUUUAUUUUCCAUGUGCUUGUAAUGGAAGUAUCAAAUUUGUUCAUGAAGAAUGUUUGUUACAAUGGUUGAAUCAUAGCCAUGCACACCAAUGCGAGGUAUGCAAACAAGCAUUCAUUUUUUCACCUAUUUAUACAAAUAAUGCCCCUACAAGACUUUCAAUCCAAGAAAUUCUAUUUGGGUUUGCAACAAAAGUUACAAAAACUGUGCAAAUAUCAUUUCAAAUUUUAUUACGUUUAAGUGUUUGGUUUUUAAUUGUACCAUACAUCACCUACUGGACAUGGAAGUUUAUAUUUGUUGAAAAUUUUGAAAAAGGUCAACAGAUAUUUAUUCGACGAUGUACACCUUAUUUUAUUUUAAUUGAUUGCUUCAAUGGACUCGUCUUAUCAAUUGGCAUGAUUUUUGUAUUUCUAGGCUUAACAUCCAUAAGACAACAUUUUUUCUACACUCAAGAAUUUAUUGAAAAUGAUGAUGUAGCUAUGCCACAUGCAAACAUAACACUACAUGAUAUUAAUUAUGGCCUUUUGGUAAUAGAUGAACCACCACCAAACAUAGAGAUAGAUGAUUUUGAUGAAUUGGCAAACAACUUUGCAUUUGAAGGACAAAGAAAUUUGGGUGAACAAGAAAUCAUAAAUGGUGAAAAUAGAGUUGAACAAUUAGCAAUACCACAUGUGCAAGUAGAAGCUCAUGAAGAACAAAUUUUUGAUGCACGGGAUGAUGUGGAUAAUGACAAUGAUAUUGACUUUGACAAUAUUGCAUUUGAUGACUUAAUGGGAAUACAAGUACCACUUUAUCAACUUGCAAAAAAUGCUCUCAAUGUUUUGGCAAGUAAUAUUAUAUUUUUAGGUCUUAUUGCUUUGAUUCCUUUUCUACUUGGAUGCUUUGCAUUAUCUCUAGCAACAAAAAUCGUAACUCUAACAAUAGCAACAAAUGACAUGAUUACGUUUACAUUGACAAAUUAUUAUCACUAUAUUCAAUUUCGUGCAAACAAUACUAUUUUAAAAUUAAUCAAGUUUAUUAAUGCAAAAAAGAAUUUAUUUGGUUUUAAAUCUAUAUUAAAAUUUGAAAACAACAUACUAUAUAAAUCAAUCAUUGGACAUGUGUCAAAUACACUAACAGCUGCUAAAUCUGAAAACACCAUCAAAACCAAAAAAAUCCUCAACAAAAUCAUUGAAUCAAUUAUUUUUGUAUCAAAGUUUUCUGAUACACCAAUUAUAGGGAUUGGCUACCUAGUCAUAUUUGUUGCAAUAAGUUUUUGUUUAAUUUUAAUCAAAAUUAUAAAGUAUACUAAUAGAGAACCCAUAGAUAUUGGUCACAUCUAUGAUAUUAAUGGUGUACAGAGAAUCAUGGCUGCAUUAUCUACAAGACAAUACAUUUUCAGUAAUUUACAUUAUAUUUACACUAUACUAAAAAUUUCCAUUCUCAUGAUUAUUGAAUUAGGUAUUUUUCCCAUCAUUUGUGGUUGGUGUUUAGACAUAUCUACUAUUAAAAUACGUGACAUAACUUAUUUUAAACAACUUCAAUUUUUCUGGAAAUCUCCUGUUGCUAGCACUAUCCAUCAUUGGGUUGCUGGAAUUGCAUAUAUAUCACACAUUGGAAGCUUUAUAAGUAUUCUGAGUGAGGUUCUUCGACCAAGUGUGUUAUUUUUCUUAAGAAACCCUUCGGGGUCUAAUCACAAUCCAGUUGUGGACAUGAUUAAUGACCCUCUCCCUAAGCAUGCAAAACGGAUUCUGUUGUCCAUGGCAAUGUAUGGCAAUUUAAUAGCCACUCUGAUUUAUGUUCCAGCUUAUUUGGCCACCUCCAUAGCCCCUUCCAUGUUCCCACUGAAUCUCAGGGUAUCCGAUCCCUUCACGGAGAUUCCUGCAGAUCUUGUUUUGUUCCAUUUGUGUGUUCCUUUCGCGGUUGAGCAUUGCAGACCCCGGGCCAUCAUCAAACGAUCGCUUAUGCACUGGUUCUCAUUCGCCGGCUGCGCGUUGGGUUUGUCCAACUUUCUUCUCCCAGAGGUAGAGAAUGGUAGGGAUAGGAACGGGAGCAAUCCCCUUGGGUGGGGAAGGAGACAGUUCGGAGGAAGAGUCACUUAUGUGGAAGCCUUUCCGGAAGCAACAGAAGCCCGCGUGAAUCACACCUGUGACGCCUCAAUUUCACCUGACUUUGAUGUUAGUGUUGGUGGUGGUGGAAACGAUCGUAACGUUAUGGUGGCGGAGCGCCGGUGUGAGAAGUUGAAGUUUGCAAUGCGGAUCGUGUUGCUUCUCACGGCUGCAUGGAUGAGUUUGCUGUUCGUUAAUACAACCAUGGUUCUCCUUCCCAUUACUAUUGGGCGGACCACAUUUGCCUUUGUUUCGCAGUUUUCAGUGGCCCGUGGUGCCAUAUAUAAUGACAUUUAUGCAUUCAGCAUUGGCUGCUACGUUCUUUGGGCAAUAUUGUCAGCUGCCAGAUAUGCGGUGUAUUAUCUCCAGACGCACGAUCUGAGGGUGUUCAUCCGACAUGCUCUUAAGUGGUCUGCGAUUGCUGCUAAAAGCGUGGUGCUCCUCUCAUUAUGGCUUGGGUUGAUUCCAAUGCUUAUUGGUCUUAUUUUUGAGCUGGUUGUCGUCGUACCAUUACGCGACGGUCCUGUGGACGAGGGACCAAAUCCUUUCCUGUAUCACGAUUGGGCUCUUGGACUUGUAAUUUUGAAAGUCUGGACGAAACUGGUGAUGCUUGGACACUCAAUACCUUUUAUUGAUGAUUCCUGGAGAGUGAAGUUUGCGCAAGUAUGGGAUGAUGGGUACUCUCGCUUGCGAGGGUGGUGGGUUUUCAGAGAAAUCAUACUUCCGUUCCUUAUUCCCUUAUUCGUAGUUCUAUGCAUUCCUUACGUCCUUGCACGUGGUAUAAUUCUAGCUUCAUUCGGGUGCUCUUGGUUCGCCGGUUAUCCAAUCUACCGAUACGCAUGGUCGGGUUGCUUACUGUUGUCCCUCUCUUUGCAUGGUGCCAAGCGAGUGCACAAGUGGUUCAUGGACUUGCACAAUGCCAUCCGCGAUGAUCGGUACCUUGUUGGUCGGCGGUUGCACAAUUUUGUAGACAGAAGAGCAUCGACGCAACCACCAAGCACUCCUGGUGUAGAGGCGGUUUCAGCACUUGCGUCAUUGCCUGCAGUAAGUAAAGGAUUAUCUGGAGUUGAAGAUGGAAGACCCGUCUGUGAUGUUGUUCAAGGUGGUGAGGCGGUUGCAGGGACAAGCUGUUCAGUGGUGAGAGCAGGUGGAAAUUGUCUUGGAGAAUGUUGCUUAUGAACACUAGUGUAUUCAAGGCCAAUAUUCUAUCCAAGGGUGUUAUUCACCCUACUAGUAUCCCUCGGGUACCCUUCGGCAUUGCACAAGCGUGGCCAGAACAGAGCCUUCAACGUUCGUAAGGAUACUUCACACACAUUAAUCUAACCUCAUGACUGACAUCAAGCAAUCAUGUGGCAACUGCUUGUUGAUUCCUCAUUAAAUAACGAACCUGUGCGACUGAAUAACCAUAAGGCCACAUGUAGAGGGGAACCACCAGAGUUAGUAUGAAAUCAACCCGCUACGUUGACUUCUUGAAUACUUCUACUUACUGAAUUCAUAGCUCAAAAGAGUUGAUCAUCUUCCCCUUA